CCGUCAAGCUGUUUGGGAGCGCCGCCCCGCUGCCACGGACGGAAAGAGAAAGAGAGGGAGAGAGGGAGAGGGAAGAGGAGAAAGAGGUAGAGAGAGCGAGAGGUAACGAGUGUCUGGUGUGCGGGGCUCUGUUUGCCUCACAAGAUAAGCUCCGGCUCCACACCUUCAGCCACACGGGAGACAAACCCUUCCACUGCUCCCAGCCACUCUGUCCCAAGGCCUUCAGCUCCAAAUACAAACUUUUCAGGCAUAUGGCCACACACUCUCCACAGAAGACCCACCAGUGCUCAUUCUGUGAGAAAAUGUUCCACCGCAAAGACCACCUGAAGAACCACCUGCAGACCCAUGACCCCAACAAGGAGGCCUUCAAGUGUGAGGAGUGUGGCAAGCACUACAACACCAAGCUGGGAUACAAGCGCCAUGUGGCCAUGCACUCUGCCACGGCAGGGGACCUCACCUGCAAAGUGUGUAUGCAGAGCUAUGAGAGCACGCCAGUGCUCCUGGAACACCUCAAGAGCCACUCGGGCAAGUCCUCGGGUGGUACCAAGGAGAAGAAGCACCCAUGUGAUCACUGCGACCGCCGCUUCUACACUCGGAAGGAUGUGAGGCGGCACAUGGUGGUCCACACGGGCCGAAAGGACUUCCUGUGCCAGUACUGUGCCCAGCGCUUUGGCAGGAAGGACCAUCUGACGCGCCACGUAAAGAAGAGUCACUCACAGGAGCUGCUGAAGAUCAAGACAGAGCCUCCGGACAUGUUAGGUCUCCUAGGCUCCGGCUCGCCUCCUUGCUCUGUCAAGGAGGAGCUUAGCCCCAUGAUGUGCAGCAUGGGUCCCAACAAAGAUCCCAUGAUGGGCAAACCCUUCCCCAGUGGUACCCCUUUCCCCAUGGGCAUGUAUAACCACCACCACCUCCAGGCCAUGUCCAAUUCGGGGGUGGGCCAUCCCCACCCCUCCCUGAUGCCCAACACCCUGUCUGCAGCAAUGGGCAUGGGCUGUCACAUGGAACCCCCUGGCUCUAUUCACCACCACCCACACCACCACCACCAUCAUCACCACCAUCUCCACCACCACCACUCCCCUCCGCUGCCCCCCCACCAGCCUCUAGUCCCCCAGCAGCAGCACCAGUCCCAGCCGGCCCCAAAGUACCAGCUGGGAUCUACCUCAUACCUGCUGGAAAAGCCCUUGAAGGUGGAGAUGGAGAGUUUCCUCAUGGAUUUGCAGAGUGGCUUGCCUGGACCAGUUCCCUCUGCAGAGCCACACAAUGCUGCCUCCUCCCCGAAGGAUGGACUGGAGCCCACCGUGGGCCUGGGAGACGAGCUCUGCGGGGAUUCCCUCCUGUCCAAGAGCCCCGCGGUGAUCGCCGAGUCUCUGUGUGCUGCUAACAUGGACUUCUCCCACCUGCUGGGCUUCUUGCCCCUCAAUUUGCCUCCCUACAGUGCCCCCAUGAACACAGGAGGUCUGGUGAUGGGCUACACCUCGUCCGCAGCCUCCUCGUCUUCCUCUUCCUCCACCUCCUCUUCCUCAUCCCUGCAUGCUGCCGAGCCACACGCCACCGCAGUUGCUGCCGUCGCUACGACACCUCUUACCUCUUUGCAACCGCAACCUCAGGAGCAGCAGAGCUCCGGCGGGGGUCUAGGCCUCGGACCCCUCCACCCCCUCCCACCAGUGUUCAGCUCCAGCCUUAGUACCACCACACUGCCUCGCUUUCACCAGGCCUUUCAGUGA